CGAGGGCGCCCUGCGUUUGUCGCGUCCGCCGCACCGCGAGUCCUCGCAAACGCCCGAUUUUAAUUUUAACCUCAUGCUCCGUGAUUUUCCUUCGGGAUAUUUUUGUGCUCCAAGUCGCCUCGCUUUUCCUCUCGAAUUCGUGCUUUCGUCCGUUGUUUACGCGGGGUGACAAGUUUUUGAAAAGCCACCGAAGACUCUUGAGGGUGGGUUAAUUUUAAACCUCUCUCAUCGUGUGACGAAGCCAAAGUCGAAUCCUUCCUAUGACAUCACUCUACUCGUGUUGAUUCGUCUGUUGAGAGGUGCCGAUUCGGGGCUAGUUAGUGGUGGACUCUUGUCCCGACAUGCGAUGAACAAUAGCUAUUUCUACUUACAAGUUUGGAAAUUUUCCGAGUAAACCUUGAUUUCUUACUUGUUCUCUUGAACACUCGGAAUGGCUUCGAUCAUUCUCAGGCUCUCCAUCGGCAGAGCUCGUAAUUUCCACUUGUUUUGUCUUUUUUUGAAACACGUUUCCGUGCUCAUAAUUCUUGAAAGGUGAAGAGACAGUCGGGAAAUUUUUGGGGAAACCUGGAAAAUUUAGAGAUAAGGAAUAUACCUAAUUCCGCUAUCAAUAUCUUAAGUCUCUUUUCCUACUGAAAUUAGUCCUUAACUCGGUAACAUACUAGAGUUCUCCAAUGCCAAAGUUCAGACUUGGCCGUUGUGUUGUCACGAGAAACGCAUGAUCAUGUCUGAAAUCCCCGUAAAGUAAAAGAAGUGAAGACAUUUUUGCAAAACCUUACAAAUCUUAUCCUCAAAUUCAAGGAAGAUUGUCACCCUGUCGUAUACAAGCCGGUUGAGUGAUCUUUCAACUUAAUGGAUUUCCUUUCUUCUUCACUGUCAUUUUUUUGAUCGUUGGUGACCGAAAAAAAAAUAAAUUUAUUUUUCACGGAUGUUUUCUCCCCCGUUAAUUAGCUUUCUUAACUACCGAGUCCUUAUCUUCAGAUUUUUUUACAGUGAUUUUCUAACUGCUCCUUAAAAAGUGUUCCAAAUAUCAGGAGCCAACUAAACGAUGCCUCCUUUGUAUUUCUUCGUGAUUAACGAGCCAUAAGUUUUUCCUUAAAUGGUUUAAUUUUUUCAUCUUAAUAUUAAAUAUCUAUUCUGCUGCCAGGUGCUCAGACAUGUCUUGAAUCCAUGCUUUUUAUAAUGGAGGAAAAGUUAACCUCAGUUGUCGAUUCAUUUACAAGUGUUCGUGUGAAGUGAUGUUCCUGUUUAUUUAUUUUAAUAUCUACAGCAUUUCACGUUCAUUGAAUUAUUGCUACCCGUUUUUUUAAGGAUACCGCAAUUCAUCGAUGUUGUCCACGGCAGACGAUAACGGCCACGAUGAAAAACUACAGGUUGCUGAACUUGGCUCCAACGCGAGGCAGAUGCCGAGGUGCCAGAAAACCCAAACGCGGCGACCAUUUCCUCCUGUCCGAUGACUGACCUCUCAUCUUUGAUGUCCGAUCUCUCUCACUCUAGUCACCUCUGCGUCCACGUGGGAUGUCAUCGAACGAUACCAAAGACAAAUACCGCCUCACCUCCUCUCGGCCGCGUGACGUCAUCAGACCGCGGCCCCUCUCCCACCUAGAACUCCUCGGCUCCGAGUCGGACUCGGAAAAUGAAGAAGAAGACGAGGGGGGCGGGGGCGGAGGUGAGGAGGGGAAGAAGGACAUCCAAGACGCCGCGAAAAAGAACCAAAAACGCCCGGGACGCCGGCGCGUGGACCCCAAAAACCCCCCACGCCGACCACUAGCGCCCAAGAACCCUUCAAACGCGACUCCCGGGCGUAAAGACCUCGCAGAGCUGCGUGCCGAUAAGUUGUUUUUGUUGAAGUACGGCCGAGAGAGCCUACCCGACCGGCGACCGGUAGAUCGACCUAGAAGCACCGUAGAGACGAUAGAGAACCUAGCAAGGUCCAACGACCCGCACCCAAGUGGCCUUACCCCUCAACCCCCAGUCAACCCCGCUCGACGCACCCCUGUCCGCUCGAAAAGCUGGCUCUCGGAACGAGACUGGCGACUCGAGGGUGGAUUUUUACGGACGUCCCGAAGCGACUACGAGCGCGCCCUCUCGUCACUGCUCUGGCAGCCGUACGAAUGCCGGAGCGAGACGACGACCAGCCGGAACCUGGACGACUCGGACGUGUCCUACUGGCUGAACUCACCCUCGACUUGGUCGCGCGACCCCCGCGACUCCACCUCCUCGCUGGACUCGUUAUCGUCGACCGACUCGGAGCGGUCGCUGGCGGGGGUGUGUCGCGAACGCGGCCACGACUCGACGUCCUCCUCGCUCUGCGGGCUCAUCAACUCGCCGACGCCGACACCAACCCCUGAUUACAGAUUUCACGGCGCCGAGUGGACAGGACUGGUCAACGACCCGCGGCCGAGCUUGCCGGAGCCGCCGCAGGGAGCGCUGCGCUCGGCAACUGGUUCGCGGCGCGCGGCGGCCGGAGCCGGAGCGGGCCAGUCUGAGCCGAGGUCCCGCGUCGGCGCUACGCGCGAUGCACUCGAUACAAUGCUCGUGAACGUCGAGCCCUCUGCGAACGGGAGUGAAUCGGUGGAUACUUGUUCCAGUUCCAGUGUCAGUGUUGUGCCCGGGAAAUUCAGUGUGAGUGAUAUCAACUGCGACUUGAGUGCUUCCCCCGCGAAUGUGUGCUACCGCGCCGUACCGGCCACCGUGUCGGCCGUGCCGAGCAUCCUCUGUCAAAACAGCUCGAAUGUGUCCAACGUCCGGGUAGAAAGUGGACCCGCGGUCGCGCCCCCGCCCCCGCCCCCGCCCCCGAAACCCAGAGUGUCCGUCUCGACGAGCAACAUCUACAUCCCGCCGACGUCGACCAACUCGCCCGUCUACACCCUCCAGAGCCGCGGAAGUGCUGAGUUAGUGCCUAGCAAUGCCCCCGAAACGGUGUCCUCGCGGACGUUCACGUCGACCGAGGCCCAAACGGACGAUGUCCUAGUCAACCCUCGGGACGCCAACCGGGAACAGCGGCGCCGGGAGAGACGGGAGCGACGCCACCAGCAGCGGCGGCUCAUGAACUCCCUGCAAAGGUCCUCGCUGCCCCCUCAGGAUCCGCACUCGUGGCCCCCGCAAACGCAGGUCCCCCCGGAGUCGGAGCGGCUCCCGGACAUUCUCAACUCGCACUUGCCACCCCCUUACUCGACGCUGCCCCCCGUUCCGGUACCGGUCGUCACCCCACCCGCCCAGUUUCCCCUGGGGGCCGCCGCGCCCCCCAAUGUGUCAGUGUUGUUGAAUUCGGGGCCGGUCCCCUCGCCGUCCUCGCCGCAGCAUCCCCAGACGCCCAGCAUUGCCAGUGGAUUUCGCCUCCCGUUUGCCAUCGUUCCCAACUCCAGAAGAAGACGAGACUGCAUGAAUGUUUGGUCGAACUGGACACAAGAAAUGAGAUCUCGUUUUGGCGGGAGGGAGUCGCACUACACCCCUGAAGAGGAGCCCAAGUCAUGUUGCGGUGUUUCUCUGUCGCAAACGCUCGCCAUCCGGUGGUUUAUUCUGGUCGUGUUUUUCCUAGGAUUAUGCUGUGCCGUAGUUGGCUCAGUUUUGGGCGUUAUGAGGAUAUCCGGCAGGGAGCAUCUCACAGUCUCAAUCUUAAUGAUAGGAGUAGGGAUAGUGCUGGUGGCGGUGAGUGGUGUUGCAUGGCGGAUGACGUCACGAGAUGCCCCGUCGUGUCGGGUCAUGCUGGGUCUGGGCGCUGGCGAGGAGGGCAUCGGCGAACCCAACAGGAGGUUCGUCCCGCGGCUCCCCCCAACCUACGGCAGACCCCACCACCCUUAUGCUGCCAUGAUGUACCCUGAGUUCCAGUAUAGAGCACCGCCACCUUCUUACCAAGCUUCUAUGCAAGAGUACAGGCUUAGACUUCUAUUACUAGAUCGAAAUAAUGGACCUCUAAAUACUGUCUCUCCUCCGCCAACGUACCGGUCCCAUCCAGGCACCAUUUUAAGGCCACCAAUCAAUUGUAGAAGAGAUCCCAUCUGCCAUCCUCCCAACCUAGACUACAGCCGGCCUCCGAGUUAUAGAUCGAGGACCAGUUCAACACGGCCAUCAUGCAACCUGGAUCCAACCGGUGAUAUUGGAGGUUCCAUCAGCACCACACAUAGUCGCAAUCCUUCACAAUUGAGUAUAUCGGAUGCUGGUGGCAACACAGUUAAUGUUAUAACUGUCAUUGGAACGCGAAGUGCAAGUGAUACAGAUAGUGAAAAUAUUAUCAAAAUGGUGCCAGACGAAUCUGCUUUGUCUGGACCGCUUAGUAUAGUUUCUAGUAAAAAAGAAUCCGAUGCGGACAUAGUCAAAGACGCACCUUCAAAUAUUGUCACAAUUGUUCAGAGUGCACCGGAAACUAACGGCUCUGUCAUUGUGACGGUAACUGGCACAACAACCGAUACUACCACUUCAAGCCAUACUUGUGAUACUGAAAUGCAGAUUUUAGCUCAUUUAUGAAUGUGUUUUUCUUCUUGUCUUGUUUUCAAAUUUUCUCUUUGUUAAAAGUGCUCUUGAGGAGCUGGCAUUUCUGUUCCUAAUCUUUCCCUGCAGAGGCUGAAGGUCUUUUUUAUUAAGAAACAGUCUCAGAAAUUGAACUUAUUGGAUUAGAAUUGUUUCAAGUAAUUGCUGAAACAAUCAUUUAAAUACUUCCUUAAUACUAACAAAAUUUUCUAUUUUUCUUAAAAUUAAUUAUUUUUCGCUCUUAUUGGGACUUUAGUUCGGUGAAAAAUUGUAUUAUCCUCAGAUGUUACCUGUGCUCCUUUUUAUAAAAAUAGCCCAUCAAAGUAAAAAUGGAAUGACGUAGAACUAAUGUUUACGCCAAUCUUCCUUCACAUCUUGAGAAAACCUUUAUAUGAAUGAGGUUUACUCAUAAGUUUUUAUUUGCAUAUUAAAAUCAAGAAUGAUUUUGUUACACUUUUUCAACAGAAAUUUUUGUGGCAGCUGCAAUUGGUCAUUACAUUAAUGAUUCUUAUACUUGCU